CCAUCAUCCUGUCGGGUCGGGGUGAGGGACUCUUGGGAUGGGAGAUUCCACCUUUUAUUGGAUCAAUCGAUCAGGGUUUAUAGUGCAUGAUAACCCUUUGCCUAGUCUUUAGGGCAUGCUAUUUUCUUUGGUGAUUAAGGGGCCACCAUCUAGAAGUACCUUUAGCAUAUAGGGUAGGGCUCUUCAUAUCAAAGAAGAGAGUGAUACAAGGGAGAGCUCUCAAGUUCAACUCCAAGCAAUGAUUUGAAAAGAAACUUCACUUUUUUUCAAUUAGAGUAAGAUUAAAGCUCAAUUUACACUUUCAGAAGACUGUCCGAUCGAUUUUGAUGGAUUUUCAGGGAUGGGGUCUUCAAGUGUGAUGCCUCGAUCAUCUACGAAUGCACAUCAUUGACAAUAGUCAACACAUAGCAAGUAGCAUUCAGGGUCAAAAGGAAGAGGAUAUGAUAUACUACUCCUUUGGUAUAUUCACGUAUUAGACUCCAAAAAAGUCCUUGCCAAUAAUUGUGUUGAUUUCAUGAGAUCAACUAUACAAUAAUCAACGGAUUGCGCUUGACUUUGACUAGAGUUUCCUUAGAGUUAAUGAGGCAUGAGGAGCAAUCCACCAAUGCCUAGCAAGGGUUUGGAGGGCAGAAGCAUCACCACAGAGCUGGAAUGUAUUGCAAAGAAAUUGACCGGUGGGCGUAGCUCAACUGGUAGCGAGGGAGUGCCACAAAGAUUAGGUCCUGGGUUCGAAUCCCGUCAACUGCGAUGAGGGGUUACUAUGUCAAAAUGCAUAGGGCCUCUGUAAGUACCGGGGACAGAACCCCACUCUUGAUCUGUCAGAUUGAUAUUAUAGUCCAAUUUACAUCCUCCCAACGUAUCGUCCGGUCGGGGUUGGGGGGCCCUCAGAGAUGGGGUGUCAUCCUUUUUUUGCAAAGAAAUUGAAAUGUACUGCUAAUUUAUUACUUCGUAUAAUAUAUGGUCUAACAAUAAAUGUAGACAUUCUUCAUUGAGAUAAAGCUUAAACUUGUAACAUCUUCUUUGGUAGGACCACAAUGAUUUAUUAGACCACAAAGUACUUGAUUUAUUUAUUGCAAACUUAUAUACUGGAAUUGCACCCGGCCCGUGACCCGGCCCGGCCCGGUACUGUGCGGGCCCGGGACCGGCCCGGUCGGGCGGUCCGGGACCGGGUCUGGGCCCGAACCGGGGGGAAGGGGCGGGGCGGGCUCGGUUCAGCUUUUUUGUGACCCGGCCCCGGGUCCGGUUCGAUCAAUUUUUUAAAAAAAAAAGUUUUUUUGGGUUGGGCUCCUACUAGCCGUUGGGGGUGGGGCUGGGGACAACCCAAACGGCUAUAUAGCCGUUGGGUGGGUUAUUGGGGGGGUCCGGGGGGGGUUGGGUGGUGGGGGGUGGGGGGGGGGGGUAAAAAAACCUAUAAAUACUCCUAAUCUUAAACAUUUUUUCAUAUCUCUUCUCCAAUUCUUCCUAAAUCCUAUUCUUAACUCUCUACUCUCUAAUUCUCUUAUUCUCCAUUCUCCAAUAUAUUAUAUUUAUUAUUUAUAGUUUAUAUUAAUUAUCUACUUAUAUAAAUUAUAAAUAGAUAUAAAUAGUAUUAUAUUACUUAUAUUUGUUAUCUAAUUAUAUAUCACUUAUAUAUUUAUUAUAUCUAUUAAUAUAGUUGGAAUUAUAUCUAAUUAAUUUGAAGUCAUUCUAUUACUCCCAUCCGAAAGACCGAAAGUCCGAAAGAGGUACGAAAUUAUUCUAUUAUUUACACUUGUUUAAUUACUAGUUAAUUAGUAUAGUUGGAAUUACGAUUUUUUAUUAAUAUAGUUGGAAUUACGAUUUUUUAUUAAUAUAGUUGGAAUUACAAUUUUUUAUUAAAAAAUAUGUUGUACACAAAACUAGUUAAUUCACUACUUAAUUUGCUAUAACUCGAAUUAAUAGUUAGAUAAAUAGUUAAUUAUUAUUUUACAAUUUUUUAUUAAUUGCUACAUUUGACUCUAGUUUAUAAAAUAUGUUGUACACAAAACUAGUUAAUUCACUACUUAAUUUGCUAUAACUCGAAUUAAUAGUUAGAUAAAUACUUAAUUAGUUUUUUACAAUUUUUUAUUAAUUGCUACAUUUGACUCUAGUUUAAAAAUAAUGUUGUACACAAAACUAGUUAAUUCACUACUUAAUUUGCUAUAACUCGAAUUAAUAGUUAGAUAAAUACUUAAUUAGUUUUUUACAAUUUUUUAUUAAUUGCUACAUUUGACUCUAGUUUAAAAAAUAUGUUGUACACAAAACUAGUUAAUUCACUACUUAAUUUGCUAUAACUCGAAUUAAUAGUUAGAUAAAUACUUAAUUAGUUUUUUACAAUUUUUUAUUAAUUGCUACAUUUUUUAGAUGGAUCGUCCUUGAUAUUCGGUUGAUAUGGGUAACCUCGAGCGCAACCGAACGAACGAGCUUGCGAGGAAGAGAUCCCGCAAAGGUAAAUCACAUCUCGGCUCUUCAUCUCAAAGUCAAGAUGAUUUUGAUACGGGUUACGUAAGGAGGGAUGGGGAUGCGAUGACCGACGAACAACUAGAACAAGAAUUGCACCGACAUAAUUCUCGCUUUUUUCAAGACCAACCGAGGACCAUUGACGAAGAAGAGCUCGAGGACGAGGACGACGAUGUGGAGGAAGCAAUUCCGGAGAGCCACGACGACGAGGAGGAGGAGGGUGGCGGCAGCCAUGACGCCGACCAAGCAGCCUCAUCCCAAACAGGUACAAAAAAAAGUAAAUCUGAAUUAAUGGCUAAUAAUUUUUCUAAGUGGAAGGACCCGAACACCGGGAAUUGGACCGCAACUUGCAAUUGGUGCAAGAAAAACUAUAGCUUGGGGAUUUCCGGCGGAUACGGAUCCGCCACAAGACACCUUAAGUCCAAACACCCGGUGGAGUAUGCAAAAUUAGGUGGCGGAACGGGGAAGCAAACGCAAAUAUCAAGGUUUGCAAAUAACCAACAAGCUUUUGGUAAUUUCUCAUACAAUGAUGCACAAAAUUUGACAGGUAUGGCUAACUUACUUGUUGAAGAAAAUUUGCCUUAUUUGUUUUCUGAAAGUCUUGCUUUUCGUGAUUAUGCACAAACUUGUUUAAAUCCGCAAUAUAGAGGUUAUAGUCGCAAAACGGUUAAGAAAGAAAUUUCAAGGCUUUAUUGUGCGGAAAAGGUAAGGUUACAAAAUUAUUUUGCAAACUUUGAUGGACGUGUUACUGUAUGUUCUGACAUAUGGGAGGAUACUUAUCAUAAUUUACAUUAUUUGGGUCUGACUGUACAUUAUAUUGAUAAUGAUUGGCAUAUGCAUAAACGUGUUCUUGCUUUCCGUGAAUUUAAUGAUCGUCACACCGCUGAACAUAUUUAUAUUUUGAUUGAACGUAUUUUAAUUGAGUAUAAUUUAAUUGAUAAGGUGUUUGCUAUUGGU